AUGGGCUGGAUGUGGGAAAAGAGGGAGUCGAGGCAGGACAAUGGUCAGUGGAAGGACGGUGAAGACGGGGACUCCGGCGGGAAGGGGGAAACUCCGGCCGUGGCCGUGGGGAGCCGCGUCCCGGAGGCCCAGGCACGCAUCGCGCUCGGCGACGCCUGCGCCCUCGCGCCUUCGCACGGCCACAGGGUGCUCAGGCCCAUCGGGGAAGGCUCCUCGAGGCUCCUGGAGGGCUGCGAGGGCUGGGAGUCGUACUCCAGCGAUGCCUACAAUGGCAUCGCAGCAUCCUGCGGCUUUUACUCCGACGACCCAGUCGACAAUCUCAGCCUCACGAAGACCAGCAUCAUCAACGUUGCGAACGGACCGGUGGAAAGUUGGCUCUUCGUGCUGUCGCCACCGAGGGGCCGCCGCGCCGGCCCCGCGGGCCCCUCCGGGCGGCCGCCGUGGCAGAGGGUGGGCGCGGCCGCCGCGGUGCUGGCCGCCGCUGCCGCGGCGAAGGCCGCGCAGACGGAGGAGCCGAUUCAGAAGCCGAAGAAGCAGAAAAAGCAGAAGCAGCAGCAGCAGCAGGAGACUGCCAGCGCCAGCUCGGCGCCGGCCUCGGUCAAGAUCUCGAAGCGCUCGGAGGACUACCCCCAGUGGUACCUGGACGUCAUCGCGGCCGCCGAUCUUGUCGACGACGCUCCCGUCCGCGGCUGCAAGAUUUUGCGGCCGGCUGGCUUUGCCAUUUGGGAGUCUAUUCAGGGCCUCUUGGACCCUAAGCUGAAGUCAAUCGGUGUGCAGAACGCCUACUUCCCGCUGCUGAUCCCUGUCAGCUUCCUGUCGAAGGAGGCGACGCACGUAGACGGUUUCGCGAAGGAGUGCGCAGUGGUAACGCACCAUCGGCUAAAGAGCGUCAUCGGCGAGAACGGGGAGGCUGCAGUGGCGGUGGAUCCUGACAGCAAGCUGCCUGAUCCGUACGUGAUCCGACCAACGUCGGAGACAGUUGUGUGGCACAUGUACGGGAAGUGGAUCCAAAGCUACCAAGAUUUGCCGCUGAAGAUGAAUCAGUGGGUCAACGUCAUGCGGUGGGAGAUGAGGACGCGCCCUUUCCUGCGCAGCGCGGAGUUCCUGUGGCAGGAGGGUCACACGGCGCACGCCACCAGGGAGGACGCGGACGCGACGGCGCGCGAGGUGCUGGACCUGUACGUGUGGCUGGGGCAGGAUCAGCUCGGGCUCCCCCUGUUCCCAGGGCGCAAGUCGGCGCGCGAGCGGUUCGCGGGCGCCGAAGAGACAUACACGAUCGAGUGCCUCACGCAAAACGGGAUGGCCAUCCAGGCUGGCACGUCCCACUUCUUGGGCCAAAAUUUCGCCAAGGCGUUCGACGUCACAUUCCAGACCGAGGAGCAGACAAGGGAGCUCGUGUGGGCUACAUCAUGGGGCGUGUCAACUCGUCUUAUCGGCGCGAUCAUCAUGGUCCACUCCGAUGACGACGGCCUCGUGCUCCCUCCACCCAUUGCGGCUAUUCAGGUUGUGAUUUGUGUUUUAUUUGUGAAGAAGGACCCGGAGAAGCAGUUGGAGGUCAUCGCCGCGGCCGAGAAACUUGGCAAGGAAUUGGAGGCGGCUGGCCUGCGCGUGCGCGUGGACGCGCGCACGGAGGUGCGGCUCGGGGCGCGCUGCUUCGAGUACGAGCGGAAGGGCGUUCCCCUGAGGCUGGAGCUGGGGGCGAAGGAUAUGGACAACGGCGUGGCCAUGGCGAAGCUGCGCACGGGCGGGGACAAGUUCACGGUGUCCCUCGCGAGCGCCACGGAGGAGGUGCCGGCCGCGCUGGAGAGGGUCAAGAUGGAGCUCCGGGCACGCUCAGACGCGCUGAAGGAGAAGCUGAGCUUCCGCCCGAAGAGCCGCGAGGAGUUCGAAGCCAGGCUGAAGGAGCCGACCCCGGGCAUGCUGAUAGUGCCGUGGGGCGGCGACAGCGAGGACGAGGAGAGACUUCAGGAUGAGACGGGCGCCACCCUGAGAUGUUACCCGUUCGAGCUGGAGAACGAGCCCAUCCCAGAGGGCACGGCGUUGGCCGUCCAGGCCCGGCGUGUGCCCCACGAGGCGCUGCCCGAGGGCCAACGUGCGGUGUGGUCUUCGGUGCUGCCCUCCCCGCUCAGCGUUUUCGAGGGCACGCUUUCGGACGAUGCUGGUGUGACGGUCGACGGAGCGUUCGAUGCUGUGAAGGGGCAAGGCGCCUCGGCGCGCCCGGCCUCGGCGCGCGCCCUCGGGGGCGGGCGGGCGCGCGGCGGGGCGGCCGCGGCGCCGGUGCUCCUGGAGGACUCCAGCGACGAAGGGCCCCAGGUGCUCCUGGGGGACCUCCGUCAGCCACUCGCUACGAUCGCUGGCGGUUGGACGAGGGCGAGGCGAGCUGUGCCGCGAUCUCCUCCAGCCUCACGGCCGAGGGGGAUCCUGCUGGCGUUGCCCGGGUCCUUCCGUACCGCCGACAGGCUCAACGUGGCGGAGGCGGACGGAUUCUCAGGGCUAGUCGGCCCCUUCCAGGUGGUCAGCGUGCCCUUGCGCGCCACGGCUCCGCGCCCGCUGAGCACGGCCGCUCCUGCUUUGGUGGUCGAUCUAGAGAUUUCCGAGACGGAUCUGGAGGCUCUCGCCCCGCUGGGCGCGGGAGACACCGACGGGCUGGUCCCGGCCGGAUCGGCUCGCGGGCGUGCGCGUGCUGGCCACACCCUGCGGGCGUCUCCGGCCUUCCGCGCUGGCCUCGUGGCCACUCGCGGCGCGGCGCCCGUCGAGGGAGUGCCUCCCGUGCCAGCGCGGAGCCGCCUCGGCGCGCAGCCGAAGCCCUGGUCAGGCAUGGCCCGCCCUCGGGCGGCGGGGGCCAUCGCCGCGGCCCUGUGCGACGGGGCGCCGACGACCCGCGCGGAGGUGCAACUGGAGAUCCAGGGGCUGAUGGCUGGCUCGCACCAAUCUGCAGAUCUGCAGGGGGCCCGUCUCGAGGCAUCCCAGUUGCUCGCCGACGAGGCGACGCGCGUAAGGCUCGGCGGCUUCGCCGAAGGGGACGCCGUGGGAGGCGAGCCCCGUGUGAGCAGCACCCCGGGGUUCACUUUGGAGCCGGCGUUGCUGCGCCCGCGGGAGUCUCUCCGGCGCGCGGGGCCGCAGCGCGGGCGUCGACGCAGCCUCGGCCUGGGAGCGCACAGCAGCCCUCUGCACUCGGCCGCCCGGGCUGAGCUCCUCCGGGAGCUCCGCGCCCGCGUGCCGGCGCUGGUGGCGCGGGCCCGCGCGGAGUCCGCGGAGGCCGCCGCGCUGGAGCGGAUGACGAUCUGGAAGCAGGAGGGACGUUGA